CGCAGAAUGAAUGCACAAUCCAAUCAUGCUGUCACGGAGAAUCACCUUUCAUCCGAGCCUACCCGUUCAGCAACGCCCCAAGGCGCUGCUGAACAUCCUGUUUUCGAGACUGAGAUCCUCGAAUACCACUCCAAGCUCCUCGGAUCCACGGAUCCAUCACAGGAGCUUGGAGAAGAGUACCUGGCCCCUCUCGUGACGAGUUGUGCGUUCAAGCGGGAAACAAACCCCGAGGGCACACCCCAGGCGACGCAGUACGGUCUGCUAGCAGGAAUCAUUGAGGACAGGAAAGACCCCGAGGCUGAUGAUGAUCGUCGCAUGUUUUUCAACAUCAGCCCUCCAUCAAGUACAUUCAUUUGCGGCGCCCAGGGCUCCGGAAGAGCCACACCCUGUCUUGCUGGGAACUUGUUCAGUCCCUUGACAGGUCUGGUGUUCCAUUAUGAUACAUUCAUCAGCGAUAGGGCUGGCUCACCAUGCGAGGCGGCCUUCCUCUCCUCGCACGACGACGUCGAGUGUUCUUACUCGAGAUUCGACAUUGAGGUGGCUGCCUUGCAGAUUGACCAGAGCAACCUCAACACGCAGCGGAUGCUGGAUCUCAUGGCAGUCGGUCAGGAAAGCGGUCCCAUCCCGCUGUAUAUGCAUACCGUCCAGCGCAUUCUUCGGGAGCUGCGGAUUGUACAGCAGGCCACGAAUGUCGAGUUCAACUACCAGGAAUUUCGAAGGAGGGUCAUGAGCUCGGGUCUGACUCCCCCACAGCUGGAACCCCUCAAACAGCGGCUCGACACUUUGGAGAGCUUUAUGCCGCAGACACCAUCUAGGAAUGCGUGGUUGGCGCCGCAGAGGAUGUCUCGAGGGUCUGACUGGAAGCCGAAGGCGCGCCGUCUCACAAUCGUCGAUUUGUCAUGUCCGUGCAUCUCGCCCGAAACGGCGUGUGCAUUGUUCAAUGUCUGCUUGACCAUCUUCCUCGAGCAGGCCCCGGAAACGGCGCGGGUGGUUGGGUUAGAUGAGGCCCAUAAGUAUAUGAACGCCUCAAUCGAAGCCCGCAAAUUCACCGACACCCUUCUGUCGGCUGUCCGGCUGCAGCGCCACCUCGGGAUCCGCAUGAUCAUCUCCACUCAGGAGCCCACGAUCUCAGCGACCCUUCUCAGUCUGUGCUCCACGACGAUCGUCCACCGGUUCACGUCCCCGGACUGGCUGAAGGUCUUGCACAGACAUCUCGCCGGCGCCGCCGAGGAACCCCACCGGAGCGACCCCGACGACCCCAGCGUCCCAUCCCACGUCUCCCUGCUCAAUCAGAUUGUGGACCUUCAAGUCGGCGAGGCGCUCCUUUUCUCGCCCAGUGCUAUCAUAAAGGCGAGCGCCUCCGAGGCUGGCGACCUGAAGUUUCACCGAUUAGGUGCGGAACACCUGCGAAUUAGGGUUCGGCAGCGCAUCACCUCCGACGGGGGAAAGAGUGUGCUUUCGCUGUAA